CGCACUUCCGGCGGAUGUGGGGGGGCGGCCCCCGGAAACGGAAGUGAGCGGCAGGGCCGGCUGACGGUAACCGGGCUCCGAGGCUGUUCACAGAGCGGGCUGAAGAUGAAUGCCAGAGGACUUGGAUCUCAGCUAAAGGACAGUAUUCCAGUUACUGAACUUUCAGCAAGUGGGCCUUUUGAUCAUCAUGAUCUUCUUCGGAAAGGUUUUUCUUGUGUGAAAAAUGAACUGUUACCAAGUCAUGCUCUUGAAUUAUCAGAAAAAAAUUUCCAGCUCAACCAAGAUAAAAUGAAUUUUUCCACACUGAGGAACAUCCAGGGUCUCUUUGCUCCUCUAAAAUUACAAAUGGAAUUCAAGGCAGCGCAGCAGGUCCAGCGUCUUCCCUUUCUUUCUAGCUCCAACCUUUCACUGGAUAUUUUGAGGGGUAAUGAUGAGACUAUCGGAUUUGAAGAUAUUCUCAAUGAUCCAUCUCAAAGUGAGCUCAUGGGGGAACCACACUUGAUGGUGGAAUACAAACUGGGUUUACUGUGAUAUGUGUGCUGCUCAUGAACCAGAGGGGCUGCAUCUUGUUCUAGUUGUCUUUUGUUGUAAUUUGAUGUGUACGACAUUAAAAGUACUGACAUACGAGAAUUUUUGCCUAACAAUAUCAAUGAUGAUUUGAAAUUAUUUGAGUCUUUGGUUUAUGGCUCUGCGACAGUUGAAAGCACUAAUGGGAGAUGAUUUUAAAGCUCCUAAUUUGUAGUGAAACAAUGGCCUUUCCUGUCUUCAAAAAGUAUUUCCAGUGAAUAUUAGAGAAUUGCGCACAGGUUCCAGCUCAAUCUACUAUCUAGGUAUCCCGUCAGUUUAAUUUCAAAUGACUGUUAUCAGCGUUUAACCCUGCACACUUCAUGGUAGCAUCUUUCAGAAUAAACAUGUGUGCAGGAACACCGCAGUUCCUGAACGCUUCUGUUUGUAAGCAGUUUGAUUUGCAAACAAAAGUGUUUGGCAAGUUUUGCGUCUGUUUGCGAACAGGUGACAAACAUGACCGUGGCCAUCAUCCCCAAAAUUAUAAAACAAAUUAAGUUUAUCAACUGAGGUGCCACUGUAAUUGAUUUUAGUGGCAACACUUAAAAUGGAGUAUAAUAGAUGUGUGUUGUGUUUCGGUAUAGCUUGUAAGAACAGUAUUUGCUCUAUUGAUGCUAUAUACAAUUAUAGCUCUACUUUGGUCCUGUCAUGUUGAAAAGCUUCGAUUUUGGUCUUUAAAGUGAAAAAGCCACCAGCAGAUACAGAUUUAAUGGUUGUAUUUCAUAGACUUAAUAUGUACUUAAUUUAUUAUCAGGCAAUACUGUUAAACUCACUUUUCCUUAUUCUUAGUUUGUAUAUCACAAGAUACUUAAAUUUUAAAAAUUAUUCAGAUAUUCAUAUACAUACUAUGCAUCCAUAAACAAAUUCCAUAAUUAUUUAAAUGAAUGUUUACCAUGAUUUUUCUUGUAUUCUUUAUGAAACUGGUAUAUAAAAAUUAAAGAUUUUUUUAGAACA